AUGUUUUGUAGAAUUGAUUUACAACAAGAAAAAUGUAAUUGUGACUUGUCUAAUAUGCCAAAUAGAGGCAACCGAACAGAUACUGUAAAAUAUGCAUUUACAAAAAUCUUCAAUCCGAAUUGGAUUAAAGAAAAAGUAGACUUUGUUCAAGAAAAAAUAGAAUAUUAUAAUUACUCAUUAAGUUCAAAAGAGUAUUUUAAUUUUACUUUGUAUGCUCGCUGCAAUAGUAAUUUGUUAAGAUUGUCCUCAAAAGCAAAAAAGACCAAAGAAAGUACUAUAACUGAUUUAGAAAUGAAUACAUAUAAUUUUACCAUUCUAAUCAACGAAACUUCUGAACCAGAAGAUAAAUAUUAUUGGAGAUCUAAUAAAAAAGGUUAUAGUAAAAAGGAACUUGAGAACUAUACUGAUAAUGAAUUUCUAUCUGAUGAUGAAAUUGAAAUUGAAUAUACUUAUGGGAUUUUUAUAAAGUUAGAGAAUGGAAUGUCUCUUCUAGCAAAAUAG